GGCAACAGGCUGGCACUAGCCUGCUCUUUUUUUAAUAAUCUUUUUUUUUAUUAUUGUUUAUUCAACGAAUUGAGGCAAAGAUCAAAAGCCAUUCAGGGUUAACUUCGUAUCAAAUUGGAAAUGGGAAAUAAAGUAGUUACAUUCACGGAACAGCAAUUGGAAGAUUAUCAGGACUGUACAUUUUUUACUAGGAAAGAAAUACUUAGGGUCUUCAAGAGGUUCCGAGAAGUGAAUCCUGACCUAGUACCGAAACGAAUGACCGAAAACCAAGCACACACUAUAGCAGUACCAGUCGAAGAGAUAGAAAAACUUCCCGAAUUAAAGGAGAAUCCGUUCAAGAGACGCAUCUGUCAAGUGUUUUCUCACGAUGGUUCUGGCAACCUGACUUUUGAAGACUUCUUGGACAUGAUGUCGGUGUUCAGCGAAGCUGCUCCGAGGGAUAUUAAAGCAUGGUACGCAUUCCGCAUAUACGAUUUAGACGAUGACAUGUACAUCGGACGAGAAGAUUUACUUGAAGCGACACGCUUACUCACUAAAGGGGAACUGCAUCCUCAGGAGAGGGACGACAUUGUGGCGAGUGUUCUGGAUGAAGCAGAUGUGGACGGGGAUGGACGACUGUCUUUUAUGGACUUUGAGCACGUUGUAGUACGCGCUCCGGAUUUCUUGUCCACCUUUCAUAUUAGAGUAUAAGGACCAGAAGCUGUUACCUAUUUCGUACAAACAUGUAAGGAAAUCUAUAGGGAUGAAAUCAGAGUAAGCGUUUAAGACGAACCAGAUGUAGACGGGGAUGAACGACUGUCUUUUAUGGACUUUGAGCACGUUGUAGUACGCGCUCCGGAUUUCUUGUCCACGUUUCAUAUUAGAGUAUAAGGACCAGAAGCUGUUACCUAUUUCGUACAAACAUGUAAGGAAAUCUAUAGGGAUGAAAUCAGAGUAAGCGUUUAAGACGAACCAGAUGUAGACGGGGAUGAACGACUGUCUUUUAUGGACUUUGAGCACGUUGUAGUACGCGCUCCGGAUUUCUUAUCCACGUUUCAUAUUAGAGUAUAGGGACCAGAAGCUGUUACCUAUUUCGUACAAAAAUGUUAAGAAAUCUAUAGGGACGAAAUCAGACUGAGCGUUUAAGACGAAGCAGAUGUGGACGGGGGCGGACGAGUGUCUUUUAUAGACUUUGAACAUAUUGUACGCGCUAUGGAUUUCUUGACAAUCUUUCACAUUAGAGUAAUUAUAAAGACUUAGAUACUAAUUUAACGAAGACAGAAAUCUACAGGGACAAAAUCAUUUUAAUCUUUCUGUUGUGUACAUUAAUGGACUUGGAACAUGUUGUUCCUAACUUGAACGUGUUUUAGGUUUCAUGAUUUUACGUUA